ACUGAACCCACCAGUCGUCUCUUGCUCAUAUUCCUCCUACCUUCUGCUUCUAUUUUCUCAGCGCAUCUUGUCCACCUACAGUAGUAAAUCUCCUCCCUUUCCUUACGUUGCAUUAUGAGAUAUCUCCCAAUUUUUGUGUUUCUCGGAUCAUUUGGCUAUACGGAAACUACAUUAACAAAGGAACUUAUCAAAGAUGCAGCUGAGAAAUGCUGUACAAGAAACCGUCAAGAAUGUUGCAUUGAAAUUAUGAAAUUUGGAACCCCAAUUCGAUGUGGUUAUGACAGGGAUCCGAAGCUACCCGGAUAUGUCUACAAAUGUCUUCAAAAUGUGUUGUUUGCAAAAGAACCAAAGAAAAAGAUUAACUUGGAUGACUCCGUGUGCUGCUCCGUGUUUGGCAACGACCAAAACGAUUCUGGAAGAAGAUGUGAGAAUCGUUGCAAGAACCUCAUGACCAGCCCUUCCAUCGACGCUGCCACACGUCUGGACAGCAUCAAAAGUUGCUCGCUUCUGGAUAAUGUACUGUAUAAAUGUUUUGAGAAAUGCCGGAGCCUCCGUAAAGAUGGUAUCAAAAUUGAAGUGCUCCAAUUCGAAGAAUACUGCAAUGCAACGUUUAUCCAAAAGCGAACUUUCCGAGGAGUCUGAAUCUGGGCUCAUUAGCCUAAAACAUCCCUAAUCCGCCGUUGUCAUUAUGGCACUCUCCAUCAUGAGUGGUCCAAUUUUUUCUUUUCUUUCUAAACCUUUUUAUUUUAUUUUUUGUAACACCUCUAUGUCUACCUCUUAAUCAAAGCUUUGAGCUUUACUCACUUUGAGUUAUAUUUUUAAUCUUGUGUUCUCCUUAUGUUGAAGAAAAUUUUCGAUACGCAACUUGUCAUAUUGUUGUAUAUAUUUUUAAUAGAAUUUUUUGAAAUGUCCUAUUCUUAUUGAUUUCUUCUUAACAUUCUCUUCAAGAAUGUUUUCGGAUGCGCUCAGAUGUCAUGAAGGCGCACUACGGUGCGGUCCUGAUUUUAUUUAUUUUUUUUUUCAUAAAAAAUAUAUCUUCUCUUGUUGGUUUCUCCUAAAGUUGUCAAAUAUGAAUAUUCAAGUACUUUCUACGAUCUUUUUUAUUGAAUAAAUUGUUUUAUCAAC